AUGCGCGUGCGCGUCCCGCCGAACUCUGCAAUUUUGCAAGCACCUGUUCCAACAUCUGCGGCUCCAGCCAUCUGCCCUUGGUGCUCGACCAGACUGCUAUAUCCUCGAGCUCGUCCAUCCCGACGGCAUUUCUCUAGCACCCGGAUACAUGCUUCAGCAUGGGCUGCCGCGGUUUCGAAAAUCCAGAACACGGUGGCCGACGUAUUGCCCGUCCGGCCGACCAGUGGUAACAUUACCAUCGAUCCUCUGAAGAUCGUGGCAGAAGAGUUGAAGUUCCUCAAUAAAAAUAUAAGACAGCUAUUAGGUUCGGGGCAUCCUAUCCUCGAUACCGUGGCCAAGUACUACACACAGAGUGAGGGGAAACAUGUCAGGCCUUUACUGGUACUGCUCAUGUCGAGAGCGACAGCGUUUGCGGCAAAACAACCUCGCCACAAUCCGGAAAGCUUGUCGAGAAGAGACAUUGACACGCCUAUAUCAUCCCCGACCGUGCUCUACGAUAACAACCCCGACCAGACUGCUUCUCCGUCUCCGUUAGCAGAGCCCUCCAACGAAGCUCGAUAUGCAUUCCCAGACGACGCUACGAUCUUGCCGACGCAAAGACGGCUGGCCGAAAUCACCGAGCUCAUUCACACCGCAUCUCUCCUUCAUGACGACGUGAUCGACCACUCGACGACACGCCGUUCCGCGCCUUCCGCAAACACCGAAUUUGGCAACAAGAUGGCCGUCCUGGCCGGGGAUUUCAUGCUAGGACGAGCCUCGGUUGCGCUCGCCCGUCUACGCGACCCCGAAGUGGUCGAGUUGUUGGCGACUGUGAUUGCAAAUUUGGUGGAGGGCGAGUUUAUGCAAUUGAAGAAUACUGCGUCGGACGAAAAGUAUCCGGCCUGGAGCGAGCAGACCAUUACAUACUACCUCCAAAAAACAUAUCUAAAAUCGGCGAGCUUGAUCAGCAAGAGUUGUCGAGCCGCAGCUUUAUUGGGCCAGUGUGCACCUUCUGUGGUUGAGGCGGCCUACUCAUACGGCAAAAACCUGGGUCUGGCGUUUCAACUUGUGGACGACAUGCUGGAUUAUACGAUUAGCGGUACCGAGCUCGGCAAGCCGGCGGGUGCGGAUCUGGAGUUGGGCCUCGCGACAGCUCCCUUGAUUUUUGCGUGGAGGAGUCAUCCUGAACUGGGCGAAUUGGUCGGCAGGAAGUUCUCGGAAGAAGGCGAUGUUCAAAGGGCACGAGAUAUUGUUGCCCAAAGUGAUGGGUUGGAGGAGACUCGAGCUCUAGCUCAAGAAUAUGCCGACAAGGCGAUUUCGUCCAUCAGUUUCUUUCCGAACGGCGAGGCCAAAGACGGCCUGGAAGAAAUGUGUGUAAAAGUCAUGAAGCGCAGGAAAUGA